CCUUCAGGUUAGAGAUCUGCAUGGAACUGUUUUCUGCUCAGUCUCCAUGGGGGCAGGUGCUGCAAGUUGUUGCAGUGUUUCAUUCAGAUGCAGGAUUCAUUUUCCCUGUGGUGAGAUUAGUUACGAGCCUUGCUCCACAUGAAUCCCCCUCAGGGCAGGCAAACCCUGUGAAUACUGUGUUGUAGCAUGAGCCACAGAAACGUGAGGGUUUUUUAUGGGCAGAGAAGAAUUGAGAGUCUCACAAAUAAAGAUGUUCUGCCUCUGAGCUUGUCAGGCCUUUGAGCUGAGUAAGUGCUGUUCUGCAUUAAGCAGAGCAGAUACUGCUGAGUGAGAACACGCUUCCCUCAGCCAUGAGGAAGGUGAACUCGAGUUUGUCUUGGUGAUUGAACAAAUUCAGGUUGUGUGGCCCCAUCCUGCCUCCCUAAGACGCCCGCGCUGAAUUAUUCAUGCUGUGUUUUCUGGGAAUGCUGAGUUUGUAGGUGAAAUCCAUAAACAGCAAAGAGAGCAUGUUGGUGAAGGUGGCAUCUGCCUCACGCUCUGUCUCGCUGGGGUGGCUGAGUGUAGCAGUAGGAGCUGCAUUUGGUAGGUGUAGCUGUGAAUUCCCAUAAACACUCUGCCGUGUUGUGCUUGUUUGUGGCAGUACGAGCUCGUUGAGAAUACAAAGCACUUCAGAGGGAGGUUUCAAGAGAUGUUUCUUCGUUUAGAAUAAAAUGCAAAUACUAUGUGACCUCAAAAUGGGGAAAACCUCAUCCAUGGAGUAGAAAGGGGAAAUGCUUCCAUGCAUAGUAAAAUGCUUCCUAUUCCAAAUAGGGCACCAACAAAUCAGUAAUAACUUACAGGCUUGAAACUGCCAAGGAGUUUGACCUGCUUACACUAAAUUCGUGCUCUGGGUUCUUUUCUAGAGGAGUCCCUCUCCUUUCUCUGAUGGAGAUUAACCCUCAAGGGCUAGUUUGCUCUGUUCCAUUUCUACAUGUGUCUGUGCAAAUGUGGGACCCCGAGAGACAUCAGUGUUUGUGCUGAAACCAAGCAGGGGUAUUCCUGCUCUCAGAGGUGAAAAGCACACUCAGGAUAACAUCUGUCUCUUUAUUAGGUUUCUAAGAAUUUAAGAAUGUUUUCCUUUGUUCCCUCCCCCAGGCAGAAUGGAAUUCAGGAAGAUGGGAUUACCCUGUGAUAAAGCUGACCUAUUGUGCUGCCUUUCAGCAUUUUCUUUAUCUCAUUUCCAGGGAAGGAACUCCCUCUCUUUCCCAUAAGGCUGUCCCUGUCCUUUUGAUGGGUUUAUACAGGAUUUCCUGCUGAGUCAAUAGCGGAGGAGUGCAGGGAGAUAGCAGUCGGGAUUCGCAGGGAGCCUGUGCUCAGCCAGAGGAGGUUCAGCCCGGCGGAGGCAGAGCAGCGCUGCCUUUUGACUUAUCCCUUGGAGCCCUCCACCCAGUCCCUCCAUGUCCAUAGCCAGCAAGCAUUUCUCUCACCAUGAGUUCUGAAUUAAACGUUCCGGUGGAUCCUUCCACUCCUGCUUGCUGCUCUGAGCCUGGCACAAAGGGCAUGGAUUAUCGGGACUGGGUCCGGCGCAGCUACCUGGAGUUGGUCACCUCCAACCACCACUCCGUUCAAGCCCUUUCCUGGAGGAAGUUGUACCUGAGCCGAGCCAAACUGAAAGCCUCCAGCAGAACCUCUGCUCUGCUCUCUGGAUUUGCAAUGGUCGCCAUGGUGGAAGUACAGCUGGAGGUGCAGUACAAGUACCCCCAGAUGCUGCUGAUCGCCUUCAGCGCCUGCACGACGGUGCUGGUGGCCGUUCACCUCUUUGCCCUCCUCAUCAGCACCUGCAUCCUGCCCAACGUGGAGGCUGUGAGCAACAUCCACAACCUGAACUCCAUCAGCGAGUCCCCGCACGAGCGCAUGCACCCCUACAUCGAGCUGGCCUGGGGCUUCUCCACCGUCCUGGGAAUCCUCCUUUUCCUUGCUGAAGUCGUUCUCCUGUGCUGGAUAAAAUUCCUGCCGGUGGGCUCCAUCCUGAAAAACGAGACCACCAACGUGGAGAAGCCCAGCAGCCACGCAGGGUGGCAGUCGGCACUGGUGUCCACCAUCAUCAUGGUCCCCGUGGGUCUGAUUUUUGUCGUCUUCACCAUCCACUUCUACCGCUCUUUGGUGCGGCACAAAACGGAGAGGCACAACCGGGAGAUCGAGGAGCUCCACAAACUGAAAGUGCAGCUGGAUGGGCAUGACAGAGGCAUGCAGGUGGUGUGACAGAGCCUGCUCACAGCUCAGCCAGGGCUGAGAGCAAAAUACCUGGUCUGCUGCUUGGUGAGAUGCAUCAGGGAUGGAUUUUAUUGAGGCUUAAAUCUGUAAAUGCUACUUGCCUGCCAUUUCUAUCUGUGGGUUCUUGUGCUGUUCCACAUGCUGGGGGCUCUGCCCUGGUUCUGGUCCCACACACUUGGUACUUAAGUUGACACUGCCGUGGUGUUCAAGGUCAAAACUUUUAUCUACCUUAACAUUGGUAGCCAAAAAUCUGUAUUUUUUACAAAUGCAAUAUUCCGUUGCCAAGAGUGAAACUGCGUCGGCUGUCUCAAGAGCCAGAGAGAGUGUGUGUGUGUGUGUGUGUG